UCAUUUUAUGUGGCGGAAAGUGAAUAUAAGUGUUAGAGCAACAACAUGUGGCUGCUGGGGUCAUUACAGCACACACUGAACAUUUGCAAAACUUGUGUACGUUUUCACUGAAGGAAAGAUGAGGAUUUUUAGCCCCUGAAAAGUGCAAUAAUGCGGUAUUUGCUUAUGUAAACAAAUUGAUGUUUGGGCUCCUCUCCCAUCCUCAAAUGCCCUAAUAAUAGUAUCUACCUCUUACAUAGUGCUUUAUCAUAGAGCAUCAUGUGCACAUCCAGUUGUCAUAGUGCCCUCCUAUGUAUGCAUCUGUCUGCCUCAAUUUCCUCCACCUGUAAUAUGGGGCAUAAAUGACUUGCCAAAUUUAUACACUGAGGGCACGGCUACACUAGAGCGUUUACAAUGGCGCAGGCAAGUAUAGCCGCUCUAAGCCAACAGGAAAGAGCUCUGCCCUUGGCUUAACUACUCUAGCCCUCCUGCAAGCUGCAGAAGCCAUGUCGGUGGGUGUAACUUACAUCGCUAAGGUUGACAUUGUGGACAUAUAUGAAUCUAUACGUGAAAGACAGCGUCAUGACAGCGAAAGGUCUACGUGUAGCACCUUAGAGCAGAAUGACAUAGAAGCAGUCCAGGCACUUGUUUGUAUGAGUUCCUGGGGUCAAAGAUCACAGAAAGGUGACCUAUUAAAGAUAAGGCCACUUACGCCCAUCUCAGAUUCAGGUGACUUCACAAUGCAUGCAGAAGCUGCCUCUGAAUUACCAAAGGAUUAUCACUUUUUGUCUACACUGUGUAUGACCCCACCCCACAGCCCUGAUUUUGUUGAGCCAUCGACUACAAUGCUCCUUUCUUCACAAGUCACUUAUUCCAAACCAAGGACAGUCAUGGCAAAUACAUCUGUUUGCGUAGUCACCUCUACAAACUGUGCAUCUGCCAUAGCCAAACCAUCUGUCCUAAACAUGGAGAGACAGUCCAGUUGGAAGUCAGCAAUAUCUGAGCCACCUGCCCCUCAGCCUUGCAGGGCCAUGGCAACCAGUGUGAUACGUCAUACGGGCGAUAGUUCUGCUUACACCCACAUUCCUGCUGUGCAAGUUAAAACAAAGGUAACUUCAGGCAAUUGCAGCACUUCCACAGACUGGUGUGAAGCACAAGACCGAAGACAUUCCAGAGUUUCAGAGGACAUGGAUACUGCUGAUGGUUUAAUUAGUGAUACUUCACCAGUACAUCAGCCUUAUUUGCACAACUCCAGUUGCAACACUACCAAUAAAGGGCAACAGCCAAUACGGCCUGUUUCACCGUGGACUUGUUUACCAAAGAACUGUGACAACUACCCACAGAAAAAAGCCACCCAGCUGCUGCCUACCCCUGUUUCAAACCCCCAAGUCAUCUGCCAAAUGAUCCCUUUCAACAGGCAAAGAGGUAUGAUUUCUGCCUUUAUAAAACCCCCUACACAGACAGUCGCAACUACUGUCCAACCUAUUUUACCCCAAACAGCCCCUGUUUCUCAGCCUGUUCUCAUGGGAUCUUCUGUGCCUCAGGGGACUGUUAUGUUGGUUCUUCCGCAGACUGCUGUUGCACAGACACCACAGUGCCAACAAACUGUAAUGACUGUUGGAAACACCAAGUUAUUGCCUCUUGCUCCUGCACCAGUUUUUAUUGCUUCUGGUCAAAGCUGUGCACCUCAAAUGGACUUCUCAAGAAGGAGAAAUUACGUUUGCAACUUCCCAGGCUGUAGGAAAACUUACUUCAAAAGUUCCCACCUCAAAGCCCAUCUUCGUACUCACACUGGAGAAAAACCUUUCAGCUGUAACUGGGAAGGCUGUGACAAAAAGUUUGCCCGCUCAGAUGAACUUUCUCGACACCGAAGAACUCAUACUGGAGAGAAGAAGUUUGCUUGUCCUGUGUGUGACCGUCGUUUCAUGCGCAGUGAUCACUUGACAAAACACGCUCGUCGUCAUAUGACUACAAAGAAAAUACCCAGUUGGCAGACACAGGUUGACAAACUGAACAGAAUUGCUACAGCAGAGAAACCUAAAAGUGCUGGUGCAUUGAACAUGCUCAUACCCAUACCAACCUCUGCCUAAGUGGGCUAGUUGGACAAAAAAUCUGCUCUCAGAACUUUCUAAAAGUCAGGAAGAGCUACAAUGGUUAAAACCGAAUUGACGAUGUUUUCUUAAUUUCUGUUCAUAUUUCCCUCUUUAAUAGUGCGGAAAAAGGUAUGUAAUUAUUUUAUUCAGUUUAGGCUCUGUUCUGAUGAUAUAUGAGAACUCAAUUGUGCGUGUGUGUCCUUUUUUUUUUUUUUUUUGGUUCCUCUUUUUCUCAACAUUUGGGCAUCACUGUCACUUCAGGAAAGCAGAACUCUUUGGAAACAAUUUGGGUACUAGAGUAUUAAAAGCAAAACUCAUUUGAGUAACAGUUGCUGUUCAUAUUUUGAUACAAAGUAAAACAAGUGAUUUUAAUGUUUUAUAUACUAGUAUUUUCUAUACAAAAUAUAUUUUAUAUUUGUUCAGCUAGGGCUUGGCCUGCCGUCAUUGAAACUACUUGCAUAAGUAAAAGUGUGCAAAAUCUGA